AAUUUGGCCCUAAUUUAAGUUUAGUUUGUUUUAAGAUUUUGAACCUUAAAGUAUUAGAAAAGUGUUAUUUUGUUAAAUUUGUUUAAAAAAUAAGGCAACAACAUGUCAAAUAUAUUUAGCAGCAUAUAUUUUUUAUUAUUUAUCGGUGUAGGUUUAGGAGCUUUUGUUACCAAUAGAUCCCCAAAUAGUUUUCAAAACUAUUUGAAUACCAUUAAGAAACCCAACAUCAAUUUUCAAGAAUUAUAUGAUAAAGACACACUUUACGAUGCCGAUUUGAUAUUACAAACAUUUGCAUCAAUAAAACCACAAAAUAAUGUACACGAUCAGGAUUACGAAGAGGAUACAUUACCCUGUAAGUGGUUGGGUAAUACCAAGUGCUCACCGAUUUAUGAACCAGUUUGUGUUACUGAUCUUAAUUGUAUCUUUGUUGUACACAAUAAAUGUCUUUUGGAUAAAAUGAAUUGUGGCUGCACUUCUCACUUUGUAUUACCUUCCACAUUUUGUGAAAAUUUCACACAACCAUUAUUUAAACGUUGUAAUAUUAAGAUUUUUAUACAAUAGUUUAUUUAGAUUUUAAGUAUUUUGUUAAAAUUAUAGGAAAUACAUUUUUUAUUAUUUAUUGUAAAACGUGAUUUUAAGAUAAAAAUUUAGUUUUUAAUAAUUUUAACGCAUUUGUUAAUAACACGUACAUGAUAUUUCAAUAUUUUUGUUAAUAUUUAUAAAAGUCUCAUUUCAAUAUUAUUUAGUAGAGUUACGUUUGUCAUUAAUAAACGUGCGGUUUUAUUAUUCGCAAUUGUUGUUGUAAAUUUUUAUAGAAAGUAAAAUGAUUUAUAUAAGAAUGACAUGUUUAAGCUGUGUGUUUUUAAUGGCUUUAUUUUCCUUAGCUUGUGCUAGGCCCUCCGAUUCAGAUCUUAGAUUAAAGUUACAACGUUUACUCCGAGAUCCAGAAUAUGACGAUGGUGAAAAUGAAAUAAUUAAACCACGUCAAAUACAGGGUAUGCUUUUAAGAGAUCUGCGUGAACAUAACCUAUUUGAUUCUUCAUCCGAAGAAAGAUAUUAUAUGAAUUUAAAUAAAUUAGAAAAAACUUCAGAAGGAAGUAUUCUUCUCUCGAAAGAAGAAAAUUUAUCAACAUCAACCACCACUAGUACCUCGAUACCACCAACAGUUGCAGCGGCCCCAACGACCUCAGGACAAAGAACGCGUCCCAUUAUAGGGGGUAUAGAACGUUUAAGUUCAAUGAUUUCCCGUUUAAUAGA